UUUAGGGUUUAAUGAAGGUUUUGGCUAUGGCGCGACGAGCGUCGCGUCUUGGCCUCCGGUUCCCUGGCCGAUCACGCGAUCUGUGCACUGGUAGCGACGAUUUUGGAAUGCCUCUGCACGUUUGCGUCGUGGGGAGCGGUCCGGCGGGAUUCUAUGUCGCGAAAAAGCUUCUCAAGCGUUUUGAUUUCGCGAGGGUGGAUAUAUUGGAGCGCUUGCCAGCGCCGUUUGGUCUAGUGCGAUCGGGGGUUGCUCCAGACCAUCCGGAAACAAAGGUUGUGAUCAAUCAGUUUUCCCGCACGGCAGAGGACGAAAGAUGCCGAUUUUUCGGUAAUGUGUGCCUGGGAACGGAUGUUUCUCUGGAAGAACUUCGAAAAAACUAUCAUGUAGUAGUUCUUGCAUAUGGAGCUGAGAGCGAUCACAGGCUCGGAAUUCCUGGAGAGGACUUGGAAGGAGUUUUUUCUGCAAGACAAUUUGUCUGGUGGUAUAAUGGACACCCAGAUGGGAAGGACUUGCCGAUCAAUCUGAACGAUGUGGAAACUGCUGUGGUCCUUGGCCAGGGAAACGUAGCCCUUGACGUUGCACGAAUCUUACUUCGUUCUCCCAGCGAACUGUCAAGCACAGACAUUGCCGAGCAUGCCGUGAAGGCACUGCGAACGAGCCGCAUCAGAAAAGUAUACGUUGUUGGUAGGCGUGGUCCAGUGCAGGCAGCUUGCACGGCCAAGGAGCUGAGAGAAAUUCUUGGGUUGAAAGGUGUGGAAAUCGUCAUCAACGAGGCUGACUUGCAAACAACCGAUUGCGACUUGGAAGAGCUGCAAAGUAGUAGAAUACACAAGCGUGUUUUCGAUCUGUUUUGCAAAAGCGCGACAUUUACCAAGUGCGCUGGAAGAGAUAAGCAGCUGCAAUUUGUGUUCUUCAGAGCACCGGUAUCAUUGUUGGCUGCCGAAGAUGGCAUCCAUGUUAGAGGAGUUCAUCUCCAGAAAACACGUCUAGAAGGAAGCCAUCCGCGAAAGCUUGUAGGAACUGGAGAGUUCGAGGAGCUGGAUUGCGGGCUGGUGCUGAAAAGCAUUGGAUACAAGUCUCUACCUGUGCCUGAUUUGCCUUUCGACCAUAAGAAAGGCGUGGUGCCGAAUUACUUCGGACGCGUGCGCUCAAGCGAUGCUACGAAUGAGACUGAGCGUGGGCUGUACGUGGCGGGAUGGCUCAAGCGUGGCCCGACUGGAAUCAUUGGAACGAACGAAGUUUGCGCACAGGAAGUGGUGACGAGCAUUGAAGAGGACGUGAACAGAGCAGUAGUGAGCAACCUAAAGGAAGUUCCCGGAAGCGUUGGGCUGGAAUCCAUUCUAAGCGAGAAAAACAAGCGCUACAUAACGUUUGAAGGCUGGGAGAGAUUGAACGAGACCGAGAUGGAGAAAGGCGCUGUCAAAGGCAAGCCGCGGGAGAAGAUCGUUGGCAUUGACGAAGCACUCGCAAUUGGUUUGGCCAAGGAAAAAGAGUAAAAUUCCUUCUCAGAACUUCGCUUAUUUUGCGAUAACCAUUCUUUGUUUCUCUUCAAUACAAGGUCGAUUUACAGCA